AGUUGCAGAGGCAUUCCACUAGAGAAACGCAAGAGUUGCACAAUAAGAGAAAGAGAUGUAUCACUAGAAUCUUGCAUAUACUCAAUAAGAAAGCAACAUACAAUUCAGAUUCCAAUAGAAAGAUCAAACAUAUUAUUCAAGGGAAAUACAAAGGGUUUUGCAAUCAAACUAAGAUGCAGAAUAUCCUUAAGAUCCAUAAUAAAGGAAUUAAAAUAUCUAAUGGAAAUCCCACAGGAAGACAAUUUAUACUCCAAGCUACAGAUAAAUAA